ACAGCCACGCUACGGUACAUAUCGCACAUCACUUUUCAUUUCGUUACGUGCACGCGCGCGCACGCGACCUGUCGCCGGGCGCUCUGAUUUGAUAGUUUUUCCCCGAGCUAUCGGCUAUUCGUGUGCCACUCGAGCUGGUUUUUCGUCCGAGCAGCGUUGGCGAAUUGGAGGUGCUCGAGGUACAGCGCGAGCGAUCAGUGCACGUUAGAACGCAACGGACGGCCACGUAAAUAGAGACGCUCGCGGCAAAUUGAAAUGCCAAUCGACGAAAGCGCCGGACGGACGUUGCAGCUUUACCAGGAAUAGCGGAGCAGGUGCGCGCUGAUUUUUCGCUAUAUUACGUAAGGUCGAUGCUCGAUCUCGGGGUAUUAUGAGGGGCCGAGUGGCGAGUUGCGACCCGCGGAAGACCGCGACUAGACUGCACGAUUACUGAGAUUAACCGACUGCUUCGAGCCGAGAUCAUGGGGAUGACGCGUGGAUCAAGCUCGAUCGUGCUUGCAAGCUUCCUUGCAGCCCUCCUAACCGUAUCAGGCCAGACGCUAAAAUGCCGGGAUACCGCAUGGGAGAAGGUGCGCGGCAUGCGACCUGAGUCCUACAAGCCCGUGCAGCUCACGCAGCCUCUGUACACUGGAAUGGAUUCUCAAGGGAUCGUGGUCGCUUGUUUCGAGAAGUGCAGGAGUUUAAACUGCAACGCCUUCAUCGUCGACCUUGAACGUAGCGUUUGCUCAGAAGUUAUACCGGAGGGAGACCAGCUCACACCCGAGCCUAACGUCACCUUUUACCACAAGAUUUGCUUGGACGCUCCAAAGGCAUGUUUGGCAACGAGGCUUUGGCAAGUGGAAAGGAGCUUGGGAUCGGUGUUGCUAGAUUCCGCUGCGAAAGUUGUACCUGAAAUGAUAAGCCGAAAGGACUGCUACGAGAUGUGCAUCAAAGAAAGAAGUUGCAAAGCCGCUCAGUUCCGCACGAGCACAGAUCUGCGAAUCGGCGACACCGCAGGAAGCUGCUCUCUCCUGACGAUAGAACGAUCAACAAAGCCUCAGGCGUACCGAACUUCCCCUUAUAGAGACGAGUAUUUAGAAAAUCAGUGCCAUAACAUUUCCAGAAGAGACUUUUGUUCGUACGCCGAAUAUCGGAGCACGUCACUACCCUAUUCGGACGCGAGAAUCGAGGGUCUCGACGGCAAGCAGUGCGAACAAAGGUGCGACGAGAGCCGGGACGGCUUCCUGUGCCGGGCUUACGGGAUCGAGUACUCCAGGACCGGAGAGCCAACUUGUUUCCUGCACUCGGACGACACAAUGGGCGCCGGUGUCAGUACUCUCCUCGCCGUCUCUAAUGCCUUCUACAAGGAGCGAGAGCCCUGCAUCGACAUGACGGUGAGGUGCACCAACAAGUCGCUGACCGCGGAGCUGAGGACCGGCGAGCCCUUCGUCGGCAGGAUUUACGCGAGCGGCCACAGUGAAUCUUGCGGAGUGCAGGGACACGGUUCGAAUAUCACCAGGCUGGUGCUCAAUCUGCCCGACACCAGCGAUCUCACCAAGGCGGUUAUGACCUGCGGUCUCACGCCUGUAUUCUCCGUCGAUCAAAACAAUCAAAGUCGAGCGGCGAUCUGGUCAACUGUGAUAGUGCAGUUCAACCCGAUAAUUCAACGUUUGGGUGACCAGGCAGUCAAGGUCGGUUGCACUCUAUUCGAGAGUAACGAAGUGCCGGAGCCUCGAAACAUCACCGUCCAAUCCAGUUACACUUUCAUCGACUCCAAUGCAGGCCUACCGCGCGUAGUGAAGACCGUGAUGAACACGUCCUCCGAAGUACCAGUUGUCUCUAUGAAUAUAUUGGACGAGACGCUGAAUCAAGCCAAUGUCACGCACGUCGGACAGAAAUUGAUUCUUCAAAUAAAAAUGACGCCUAGUAAUGGUCCGUUCGACAUGCAGGCUGGUCACCUAGUGGCAAGUACCAAGUCUGGGGAUCACUCGCUGUUGUUGCUCGACGAGGUCGGGUGUCCAGUGUCCACGGUAUUUCCAGCUCUGUCCAAGGACUUCGCGGACAAUCGUUCUCUCGUUGCCGAAUUCAGCGCUUUCAAAUUCCCCAGCAGUUUCCACGUGCGUUUCAACGCUAUCGUACGAUUUUGCCUGCAGAGAUGCGAACCGGUGAAAUGUAACAAAAAUCGGCUGUCGUAUGGUCGCAAGAAGCGGUCAUCGGACGAGCCGGAGAUACCGAGCCCCGGAAACGUUGAGGAGCUUCACGUGUCUACCGGCAACGGCACGACCGCUACCGAGGAGUUGUUAUUGCAAACGUCAAUCAUCGUUCAGGAUCCACGGGACAAUCAAAAUAUUCAUCCCAAUCCCCUACGAUCCAAAGACAAUCCAGAUACGGUCGUUCUUCUCGGCUCUGACUACAUGGACAGCCAGUUUUGCAUGAACGCAAGCCUGGCGCUCUUCCUGCUUAUAUUCCUGCUGAUCAUUCAAAUUUUACUAAUAGGAAGCUGCGUGCUCGCGGUCAGGACUUAUAGGCGCCUGGCGAUACGCGCCGAGGAGGACCGAGCGGAUAUUUUAGCACGGCAUCUGUAUGGCUUACACGGUGGUAAUUUUGAAAUAUCGAGGAGAGUUCGGUGGGCAGACAACAACGACUCGACUCUAAGUUGAGUUGAGCGCUCACUUUCGUUUUCUCGAGCGCAAUUUUACGUAAUAAUGUACAUAUAGAUAGUGUUCAAUACAAGUCGUCACUGCCUUAAUCUGUUUGCGCAAGCUUGGUAGCUCAUGUUUUUUAUCUUUCUGCGCAGGCGAUUUACCUUCUGGCAAUCAUUUUUUGAUACGAUUUAGAUGUUUUAAAAAAGUUUAUUACUUCAAGCUCGAUUGCUUGAAUUAUUUUGUUUUUCAUUUUCAAAGUUAAUAUGUUAAGUACUCGAUAAGUGCCACAAAUUCAAGAAUACAUGAGAUUUUAAUUUGCAAUAUUUUUGGAAAUGGUUGCUAUCGAACAUCUUUAUUACGCAAGGUGUUUGCAGUCAAAAUUCAAUCAAAUUUUCUCGCAGCAGUAAUGUGACCAAAGAGUUGUGUUUACUCAGCAUGUGUAUUACGUGAUAUUCCUGCAGUACUUAGUAAUGAUACACGCAUAACGAUAAUACUACUGUUUCUAAAAAGGGGUUACCUUAAUAAAUAUUUUGAUAAAAUGAAAUGAUAAUAACACU